AUGGGAAGAGAGGAGGUGGGGGAUAGGGAGGGAGAUGAGAAAAGGGGAAGGUGCGGAUGCGGGGAUAGGGAAGGAGAUGAGAAAAGGGGAAGAGAGGUGGUGGGGGAUAGGAGGGGGGAUAAGAAACGGGUAAGAGAGGAGGUGGAAGAUAGGGAAGGAGAGAAGGAGGUGGGAAAGGGAAGGAGGGGGAUAGGGAGGGAGGUGAGAAAGGUGGAAGAGAUGUGGUACGGAUAUGGGGGUGAGAAAGGUGAAGGAGGGGAGAUGGGGAAAGGGAGAAAGGGUAUGAAAGGGGAGAAGGGGGAUAGGGAGGGAGGUGAGAAAGGGGAAUAA